CACGAUGCUCAAAUUAUUCCUUUCAUUGGUUGUUCUUUGCUUCGUGGCAACUUCAUUUGGUCAAACAUUUCAAUACUCCCACGGUUGGACCAAUGGCAAGCGGGCACUCAGCACACACAGGGAUGUCGAUAUUUCCGAAAUGCUCGGUGUUCAACAAGACGGUGAUCGCAGGCUGGAAAGGUGUCUUAUGCAGCUGCAACAUAUACUCCGCAAUCCCCUGCAAAUUCGUGCCGGCGUACAAGCAUUGACUCCAACAAACAACAAUGCCAACAAAAACCCAUUUGGAAAUCAUCAUCAAUCAAAUGAACUUUACGAAGAAUUGAAUGCUGCUGAAGCGAACGAUUAUGGAAAUCAUUAAAUCGUGAUUAUGGCCGAAUUAAUAUUAAAAUGAAAUAAAUGACUCGAUCCAAAAUUAUUAGUAGGCAUCUACAUUUAACGCAAAAAAUGGAGUUCUAUUGACCUUGCUCAGUUAUUUAUUGUAAAUAUAAAUAAGUAUGUAUGUAGGAUUUCGAAAAUAUGUAUAUGUAUAUCUAUUGUUAUUUACGCUUAUAGCGCUCUUAAAUAAAUUUG